AUGGAUGGCGAAGCCGAUGAAGACUAUACAGCUGGACCGUGUCGGAUGAUAUCAGCCUUCGAUGGUGUUCAGGAGGUGACGGCUCUCCUCAUGAAGUUGGAUCUCUCAGCUAAGAUCCAGGAAGCCAUCAACUUCCAACGAGGCGUGGCCAAGGAAAAGCGCCGCGAAGAGAAGUAA